GACGACGACAAUUGCCAUCUAUCAAACACGGUUCGAGCGUGUCAUUAACAAAUCAUUAUCCAAAUCAUGGGCGGGUCAAUUUCAAAGAUGAUGGCCAAGGUCUUCGGAUCCAAGGAGAUGCGCCUGCUGAUGUUGGGUCUCGACGCCGCAGGAAAGACCACCAUCCUCUACAAGCUCAAGCUCGACCAAGACGUCACCACCAUCCCGACCGUCGGCUUCAACGUCGAGACCGUCACAUACAAGAACACCAAAUUCAACGUCUGGGACGUGGGCGGUCAGGACAAGAUUCGUCCUCUGUGGAGACACUACUUCUCUGGUACCCAGGGACUCAUCUUCGUCGUCGACUCCAACGACCGCGACCGCGUCGACGAGGCCAGGCAGGAAUUGAUGCGCAUCAUCCAGGACCGAGAAAUGAAGGAUGCGCUAUUGUUGGUUUUCGCAAACAAGCAGGAUCUUCAAGGUGCCAUGUCACCAAAGGAAGUCUCGGAUCGCCUCCAAUUAGACAAGAUUGCCAAAGACCACGUCUGGAAAGUGGAACCCAGCUGUGCGACAACGGGAGAAGGCAUCUUUGAGGGUCUGGCAUGGCUCUCCAACAACGUCAAGCUACCCCCAGGCGCCAAAUAAACAACACAUCAUCCCGUCCCGUCCGCCUCCUCGUUCUGUCAUUCCCCGCGCUAUCUCUCCAUCCCGUCUGGCUCCGACAUAAUUUACCUCUGUACGACUUGCAUGCAACUGACCAUCACAUACACACACACCACACUACACCAUAAACUUGCUUCCUCUCCCGCUCUCUCUGGCAUCUGGCAUCUGUCUGUCUUCCUGCAUAUACCCGGUUUCUGUUUUCUUUUGUUUCCCGCGCUUGAUUUUGCUUUUUGGAGAGCACCCAGCGCUUGUGUUUCACAGACCUCUUUUUUUAUUGCACUUGUAAUCUUGGGGGACUUGCGGUUUUUUCCUGUGAGGAGACCUGGGUGGGUCGGUAGAAGGGCAGGGGGAGGGGCGGUGAGGUGUGUUUUUUGUUUGGAAGGGAGACCCCCCUUGCCUGACUUCAUCGAUUGGUUGUGUAUGAAGAAUUUAGACUCUUUUUUUU